UUUUUUUUUUUUUGUCGAGGGGAGGGAAAUGACAGAACUUGGAGACCAAUUUACUCCUUCCUCCUUUUACUCUUCUGCCAUGGAUGUGGUCGCUCCUAAUGAAUGAAUGGCGCAUUGAAGAGGAAUCAGGUUGAUUUUCAUUGAGCGCUGUGACUGAAAAGUGGACAUUUUUGUUGGCUCUUUUUCUUGUGUGUGCUCCUGUGCUGUGUCGUGCUGUUGGUUAUGCUCGCCACACUUGUCCAAGCGCUUUCUCCUCCGUGCCGCUGAAGAGGAAGGAUGGCUCUCCUGGUCUUGCUCCUACAAACCGGGCUUGUUUUGGGCUCGAACUACGGAUAUGUGGAGUGGUCGGACAUCGACCGAGACGAAAAUACAGUGCUUGGCACCCAAGUCAUCAACAGGGAGCCGCCCCAUCACCCGACCUAUUACCACUCGCUGCCGGCCACCGAGCGCACCGUGGUAGCGCACAAGAUCGAGGAGGACCUCCCGAGGGUGGUGACGGCUUUCCUCCACAGCGGCGACUCCUCGGCGCUGAGGCAGGUCAACUGCUCACGGAGGUACGAGCUCAGCAGCCUGCGAGGCGGCCUGCACGUCGCCUCCCACUACUCGCUGCACGGCAUCCUGGAGACCAUGACGCACGCCACCAACUUCUUGAACAUGAUCCUGCAGGCCAACAGGUCCGGAGAGGAGACCUUUCAGCGCGACCUGCACUGGUAUCACGCGUUGGUUCGGAGCAUCCUCGAGGGGGACCCCAAAAUCCACAGAGCUGUGGUGACCUUCCACGGGGAAGCGCCGACGCCGAGCCCUCACGUCUUUCUGCAAGCAACCAGGACCGAGAAGGAAGUGGUGCUGCAGGACCUCUCCAGCUCCGCGCACCGGCUGCUGAGGAGCAGGAGCCCCGAGUCCGAGUGGUUCAACGAGUUUAGGGAUGGAAGGAGAGCACACACGCACAGAAGAAGAUCUGAUCCCAAGGCUGGAGUUUACCUGCUGGACAAGAACCACAUUAAGUGGUCUGCGCCUUACCUGGAGUGCGAACAUGGGGCUUUUGUGCCCCAUUGGCUUCUCACCUUGUCAGCUGGCUUCUAUGGACUCAGGAGGGAUUCUGCACCAGAGUUCAGGGGUGUUGUCCGUGUGGACGUGAACCUGCAGGAUGUGGAUAUUGACCAGUGCUCCACCAGCGGCUGGUUUGCGGGGACACAUCGCUGCAACCUCACCAGCAUGCAAUGCACGCCCAUCUCCGGCCAUGGAUUUGUGUUGGACAAAUACAAGUGCCAGUGCAGAAGAGGAUUUUACCAUCCGAGUCUUGUGGCGCUCAAUGGCUUUAAAAAUAAGGAGCGGGACCCUCACAGAGAGGACACUUCUGAUGUUUCCGUUAAGUGCCUUCCUUGCCGCGAGGGCUGUCCUGACUGCAGAGACAACACGCCCUGCCUCGCCCAGGAGGACGGCGGGCUGCGGAUGGCGGUGGCCUCCUUCCAGGGCUUGUGCAUGGUGCUGGACUUGGCCAGUAUGGUGGCAGUUUACCACCUCAGAAGAAAUAAGAGUAUCCGCACAUCUGGAUUCAUUCUGCUGGAAGCAAUGUUGUUUGGGGCGUUACUACUGUACUUCCCCGUGAUGAUACUGUACUUCCACCCCAGUGUCUUCCGCUGCAUCCUGCUGAGAUGGGUACGCCUGCUGGGUUUCGCCAUUAUGUACGGCACCAUCAUCCUCAAGCUGUACAGAGUGUUAAAGGUGUUCUUGUCACGCACUGCCCAAAGGACGCCCUACAUGACCAGCUGGCGAGUCCUGAGGCUGCUGACGGUGAUUCUGCUGGUGGUGCUGUGGUUCCUGGUGGCCUGGACCUCAGCGGUGUGCCAGAACCCUGAGCUGAGUCGGGCUUUAAUCACAGCUGGCUUCUCACCAGAAGGACUGCAGUUUCGUAUGUGUCUGUUAGACCGCUGGGACUACAUGAUGGCUGUUGCGGAGUUCCUGUUCCUGUUUUGGGGCGUCUACCUGUGCUACGCUGUCCGAACAAUCCACUCGGCCUUCCACGAGCCGCGGUACAUGGCGGUGGCAAUCUACAAUGAACUCCUCCUAUCGGCCGUCUUCCACAUCAUCAGGUUCUCUCUGGCACCCGGCCUUCACCCUGACUGGAUGCUGAUGCUGAUCUUUGCCCACACACAUCUAACUGUCACCGUGACUGUGGGUCUGCUUCUUGUCCCAAAGUUCCUGUCCAAAGGGACUCAGGCCCGGGAUGACAUUGCCACUGAGGCCUAUGAGGAGGAGCUGGACAUCGGGAGAUCUGGUUCUUACCUCAACAACAGCAUCACGUCGGCCUGGAGCGAGCACAGCUUGGACCCUGAGGAUAUUCGGGACGAGUUGAAAAAGCUCUACGCUCAGCUGGAGGUCUACAAACGCAAGAAGAUGCUCGCCAACAACCCUCACCUCCAAAAGAAGCGCAACUCCAAAAAGGGCCUCGGCCGUACCCUGAUGAAACGAAUCACAGAGAUCCCCGAGACCAUGCACAUACACCGCCAGUGCAGCCGCGAGGACGGCAGCGAACACGGCAGCAACCGCAGCACUUUGAGGAGAAACCACAUGGAGAUGAGUCAUCACGGAAAAGCCCGAGAUGACUCUCUGAAGAACAAAGUGAUAGGCUUGCAGAAGUCGCUGAGCUAUGACCACGUUUGUGACCAAGAUGAGGAAAAUGGAAGCCAAAGUGGCUCCACAGCAGGAGACAAAACGACUCCAGUGGGAGGUGUCGGGGAGGGUUCUCUUCUGGGUUCCCUCAUUGGCCGCAAACAUUCCAAGAAGCAGCUGGAACCGGCCGCCCCGCCGCCCAAGCUGGAACCGGCCGAGUCGACAGAGUCAGUCCCCCUCUUCUGGAAAUCAGCCAGCGUUCACAAUUUAACACAUGAAAAGAAACCUGUGCACCUGCGCACCUCCAUCAUGCAGAAGUCUCUCAGUGUGAUCGCCAGCGCCAAGGAGAAGAUGCCGGGGCUCGCCGGCAAGACGCAAAGUGUGGAGGACGCCAGCAAAAAAGGUUUGAAGUGUCAGGAGGGCAGGAUGCUGUCCGAGGUGGAUGAGACUCCUGAGCAUUAUCCCAAAAUGAUCGUGAGCCAGUCGGUGGAGUAUUCCAAGACACCCUUGAAGAUGGGCAUCAUGAAGCAGCAGGUGAGCGGCAGCCAGCCAUCAAUUUGCUCUGAGACGGGCAGGAACUUGUAUGAUGUUUCCGAAGUUUGUCCCUGGGAGAUGGAAGAGCCUCAGACACCCUCCGAAACCAAGACCCAGAAACAUGUUUCCAUCGCCCCAGAGGAAGCCGAUACAAGCCGAAGAGGAAGUAGCAGCUCUGGUAUCAGCAAAAGUAGUCGGUCUCAGCAGAGACCGAAAACUGGACAGUCCCCUUCCAACAGACGCCGUUCUAAAGAUAGAGGGGGGGAAAGGGAGGAGGUCAGGGAGACGAGGAAAACUCGUGUACCCAGGUCACCUCUGCCUCUCAAGCCAGAUGUGUCCGCCUGGGAGUUUGACGAGCAGCCCAUGCUGGAGGGGGUUUCAGAGUCCAUUUCGCCAGACAGAAUCCGGCGUAAAAAGAGCGUCACCCCCACUGAUGGGAAGCCUAAGGCACUUCACUCAGACCACUCCAAGUCCACCGGAAGCCUUUUGCAGCCUCCCUCCUUAAUGGUAGAGAUCUGCCCUUGGGAUUACUCCAGCCCGCCCUCUCCCAAGCAGGAGAAGACCUGCAGCAGCCCCUCCACACACAAGAAAAAACGGAAAGGUUCCUGCUCAUCCACUCACAAACCGGAAAAGGAGAAGGGGAGGGAGAAACCCCGAGAAAGACGGAGCUCCUCCAGCAAGCCAGUGUCAGAGAGAAGGCGUAUUAGCCAGUCGUCAGAGUGUGGCGGUCCGGUCUCUGAGCGGCGGAGGAGCUCCAGCAGAGACCCAGAGGGGAUAGAGGUCAGGAAGGCAGAGGUCCUCUCUAGAGAGACCGAAGCCUCGCACAGCAGCUUUGGUCAGACUAAAACCUCAACUGACAGGAAGAAAGAGAGGAGUUACAAACCUGCAGUUGUUAGCGCUCCAAAAAUGGCUGACGUUUGUCCCUGGGACUUUGAGGACCAAGACCGUGGGGAGAGGGCAUGAUGACUGAGAUGUCUUGUUUUUUUAUUUGUAUUCACGGACUCCUGACCAAUCAACAAAACCAAGAAAAGGUUGAAAUGUCUGAUUGAAAAGACCCAGACCCUCAUUCAAGUCUGACUUGUGCACUUUUCAGGAAGUACGUGGCAAUCCUUUUUUACACUGAAGGACAUUCUUAAACACCUUUGAUUGUGACAUGGUUGAGUUAAAUAAUUUGCUCUAUUUCUAUGCUAAUCAUGGAUAGAAAUUACAAUUACAGAUAGAAGACAAAUUGGACACAAAUGUUUGGUGCAUUUAUAAGCAGUGUUGGGAAUAUCGGUGUUAGUAACGCCAAUAUUUUUUUACCAGUUACGGGUAAUCUAAUUAAUUACUAUUCCAGUUACUGAGUACGUGAGUAGUCUUAAUUAUUUACAGAACUACUUUUUACUUGGGUCAUAUUAUUCUAAAGUAACUCUUACUUGAGGAAAAUAUUUGGCUAUUCUACCAACCUCUGUGAAGGAGUACUAAUUCAAUUACUUUUUUGGGUAACUAGUAACUAUAACUAUUUACAAAUAAUUUGUCCAACACUGUUUAUAAGUAAUAAAGCCAGAGGGACUUUAACAACUGAAGUGUUAGGCUAUCCAGUCUUCGACAACGACAGUUCUGCAGAUGCAUGUGUUACUUGUUUUUCCCAUCCCUUUCCUUGUUUUUCAGUGAAGGAAAUAAGAUGCUGAAUGGAAAAUUUGCAAUUGCAAGCUCCUGUUAUGUUGCUACCAACGCAACCUUGAAGUCACUUUAAUUGCUAGUCUGCACUUUUUAAACCACACUUGUUUUACUAAAAAGAAUUUGAAUCUUACUUGUAUUUACCAGCGGAUCUGUCUGCCACAAAAAGUGAAUGCUUCACCAAUCAGAUAUUGGACUAUUGACAAGCUCAUUACAGUCCAUUAGAUACUGACGGAUAUGAGCGGUGGAAGGAAUAUCCUGAGGCUCUUCGCAAUCCCACUGACAUACCUUCCAUAGACGUAGCGGUUUCCGAAGACAGGUCCAACACCUGAGGUGUCUGAGGUAGUCAAAAAACUGCUCAGCGGCAAAGCUCUGGAUGUUGAGGGACUGUCUUGGUUGACAAGUAUCUCCAACAUUGCGUGGAAGUCAGGAACAGUACCUCUGGAUUGGCAGACCGGAGGGAUGGUCCCUCUGGGACUGGAGGGUGACUGGAGAGUGUGUUCUAACUAUAGGGGGAUCACACUCCUCAGCCUCCCUGGGAAAGUCUAUUCCAGGGUGCUGGAGAGAAGGGUACGACCGUUAGUCGAACCUUGGCUCCAGGAGGUACAAUGUGGUUUUCAUCCUGGUGGCAGAACACUGGUCCAGCUCUACACCCUGGCAAGGGUACAUGGAGGCUUGACCAACCGGUCUACAUGUUUUGUGGACUUGGAAAAUGCAUUUGACUGUGUCCCUCACGGUGUCGUCCUGUCAAAGGUGCUCCAGGAGUGCAGGGUCAGUGGCAUGCUGCUACUUGCCAUUCGGUCCUUGUUCACCUGCUUUGCAUUGCCAGCAGUAAGUCAAGCCUGUUCCCGGUGAAUGGUAGCCCUCGCCGGCUACCCUUUGUUACAGAUUCUGUUCAGAAUUAUUAUUGACAGAAUUUUUAAGCUCAGCCAGUGCGUCGAGGGAGUCCAGUUUGAGGGCCUUAGGAUGUCUUCUCUGCUAUUUGCAGACGAUGUGGUCCUGAUGGCCUCAUCAAGCUGUGACCUUCAGUGUUUACUUGGACGGUUUGCAACUCAGAACCUCCAAGUCUGAGGCCGUGGUUCUCAGUCAGAAAAGAUUGGAUUGUACCCUUCGGGUCGGGAGUGAGGUCUUCUCCGAGGUAGAGGAGUUCAAUCAGGACGUUUAGUGUGUUAGGUUUACAGAUGAAUCGGUGCACCAUCUGUAGUAAUGUCGUCGUUGUGCUGGAGGAGUAGUUGAGGUGGCUCUGGCAUCUAGGCCAAAUGGCUCCAGACAUCCCCCUGGUGAGGUGAGGAGGCCCCUGGGCAGACCUAGGACACGCUGAAGGGACCAUGAUCACAUCAGACCAUCAAAGCUGGUCUGGGAACGCUUCGGUGUCCUCCCAAUGGAGCUAGAAGUUGUGGCCAGAGACCGAGAAGUCAGGGCUUCCCUUCUGACACUGCUGCCACCUGCAACACGGAUCUGGAUAGGUGGAAAAAAAAUGGAUGGAUGGAUAGAUACUGAUGAUGCACAAAAGGGCAGACAGGUAAGAAACGGUGGGACCAUUACAGUACAUAGAAGCUGUGUGAAACCAGACCAAAUACGUGAUGAAUGAUGAUGUUUGUUUAGAAGACGACGGGGACAACAAAAUAUUAUCGUCCAGCCUUCUUCUGCUGUUUGUCGGCAUCUUGGAAAAGCUAUCGCAUGCGGUAUCUGUGAAGCAUCCUGAUGUUUAUUUUUACUCGUUACAACAGUGGAAUUAUUAAUGUUGUUAUGGUGUUUGUCUCUCCUGAACCACCAUUUGUGCAAAUACCAACUUGCAGUCCCCGGUAAUGAGUGUUGAAGCACUUACAAGUUUUUGUGUCUUUUACUAUGUGCUCUUUUUAGGGGGAAAAACCCCACACAUUUAAGUAUUACACACUUCUUUAAAAAGCUGUCAGGAGUGAAUAUCACUUGUGUCACUUUUUUCACAUUUCGAACGCACUUCUUAAAAAUGGUUUGCUCAUAUUCAAUUGGUUUGUUUUUCUCCUUCUAUUGGGAUGCAGGACAUCAUCAACUGUUGUGCCGCGUGAUCACACACUACCCCUGUCAUGAGUCAUGAGUCAUGUGUGCACGCGUGCGCCACGCUUGAGCAUAAUUCACAUACAAGACAGAGAAUGAAAAUACUGUGAGAGAGGAGUUUUGAAAUGGUUUCAUGGAUGACGUAAUGGGCUGUUUCAGAAGUCAGCACAGCAAAAUGCGUUAAAUGUAGUCAAUUCUUACUGAUGGUUUUGCUAUCAGAUCUGAAACACAGGUUUUGCCCACUUCAUGUACACUAUUUGAUGCUUGUUAUAUGGUUUCACUCCCAAAAUGUUACAGACUGUUUUAGCGUCCACGUGGGGGUAUUUAUAUAUGGACAUUCAUAUUCUGUUGCAUGUAUAUACAAUUAAAAUGGAAUAUUUAUAAUAAAACUCACUAUCACUGGUCUGGCUCUUUUUGCGCUUU